AUGGCGCCUGUCUACAUCGAGUCGCACGCAUCUACGAAGACCCCCAACACCUAUAUCCCGCCCCUGGAACGCCUGGAUCUGACCAUGUCAAAGGAUGUCCUCAAGAAGGCGCCUGUCUUCACCUGCGCGCACCUGAACUAUCUGGAGUGCCAUGGCGAAACCGUCUUUGCCGACGACAGAUCGGCAAACCUGUUGAUGAAUGCACUGCGUCUGCACUGGAAGGUCAAGGGAAACACUCUCAGGAACCCAUCUGACCAAGGCGGAGAGCUUUAUGAGCUCCUCGUCUUGGAAGUCGACGGCCAACAAAUCAUCAGCAACCUCUUCACCAAGGAGGCGCUGUACUAUCUUCUCGGAUGCGAGUUUCCCGACGCCAUGAUGAUUCUGGCUGCAAUCACUCACGAUAUCUACCUCGCUCAGUGGCAUAUCUGGGGCAACGAACAGAACCAAAAGCACAAGCAACAAAGCCAGUAG